UAUCGGGUUCGAUGUUUCAUAAAACUCGAUUCUCCAAACUUGUUCAUGCCUGGAAACACUUCCAAAGAUGGUAAACAAGUUAUGACAGAAACACGGCACAUGGUUUAAAAUCAACACAACCUACCAAAAUGUCGAGUUUGGAAAUCGUUACGAAAGAAGUGGACAAAUUGUAUAAGUUUAGAGACCAUUUUGUUGAAAACCAUGGAAUUGAGAAGGCAGCACAGAAAACAGAAGAAGUCAGUAAACUUAUGAAGGAAACAUUGCAAGCACUGGAAACUCAUAAAGACAGCAUCAAUGACAAGGCAGUGUUCUUCAUGCUACAAGGUAAAACCCUGAAUGUCCUCCCCUCCUACAGCCCUGAGGCCGAGGAAGCUCUGUCCAAAGCUGUCAAGCUCGACCCCAAGCUAGUGGAGGCCUGGAACCAGUUGGGAGAAAACUACUGGAAAAAAGGAAAAGUUCCUUUGGCCAAAAAUUGCUUCACGGGAGCCUUGAAUCAUUCAAAGAAUAAAAUAUCCUUACGUAACUUGUCAAUGGUGUUACGGCAGAUAGGAGGAAAUCCAUCCGAACGAGCUAAGCAGGUAGAGGAGAGUGUGGAAAAAGCCAAAGAAGCAGUACAGAUGGACAUUCAAGAUGGAACUUCAUGGUUGAUUUUAGGAAAUGCCUACAUGUCUCUUUUCUUUGCUGUUGGCCAAGCAUCACAAGCUUUGGAUCAAAGCAUGAAAGCUUAUGCCCAAGCAGAAAAAGACCCAGUUGCAAGAGAUAACCCUGACCUGCAUUUUAACCGAGCUGUGGCCUACAAAUAUGAGGAGAACUACCCCCAGGCCUUGGCUGGGUUUUCCCGGGCGUCCCAACUGGACCCUAGCUGGCCUGACCCCCAAACCCAAGAGGCACAUCUCCUGACCUUCCUAUCUAAUGUGAAAGAGCUGACUCAAGCCAAGGGCAAAAUAAAACCCAAAAGGUUGCAGACUAUGAUUGAGGGAUUAAAAUCCUCGGACCUUGGGCCGUACAGCGGAGGUACUUAUACCAGCCCACUAGGAAAAUCAGUGGAUUUAAGCAAGUGUAAAUUCAGUGAACUGAAGGCAGAAGUCAACCACAAUAAGGUCAUUCUGGGCAAGGUUGUCUGUACCAUAGCAACCAGUGAACCCGUGCCUUUUACGUUUUGUAUGGUGGACGAUGAUGAGAUUUGCUUACCGGUGACUGUGUACAACAUCGCUCAGGGGAGCGGGGUCAAAAUAGGGGACAGUGUUGCUAUUCCUGAACCUUACCUGCAAAAUGUCAAGGUCAACCAUAAAAACCAGGAAUUUGACUUUAGAAGCAUUCGAGUGAAUUCACCAAUUGUGUUAGUCGUGAACGGGAAAAAGUUUGGGAUUGACAAACAAGCUCCUUCAGUUCUGGCAGUGCAUGCCAUGUGUGACUGAUUCAUCUCAACGUUCAUAAAAAACUGAUCAUCUUACAGCUACAUGUAGCUCUAAAUGGACUGUAUCAUCAUGCGUAAAGCAUUUCUGUGAAAAUUCGUCAUUACCAUUAGAUUGAUAUUUUAAUAAAUGUACUAAAAUGCAGGGCAAUUCCUUGCAUUAAUUUAUUUGCAAUAAAAAAUUUUCCAUGA